CUAAAGGCCCCGGUGAGCCGUGAUAGGCUUGCCGGGAAUAAAACCUGGACCGUGUGGGAGGUGAGUGACAUUUUGGAGCGAGAUGGCGAGAGGGACGGUGGCCACAUACCUGCAUGGAGUGCUUCUCCUGGCUCUGUGGAAGCCCUCGCUGCAAGGAGGUGUAUAUGUACCGACCUCUGGAGGAGCUGGAACCGGCACGGGAGCUGGGACAGGACCUGGAUUUGGACCAGGCGGCGCUGGAACUGGAACAGGCUUUGGCCCUGGAGGUGGUGCAGGGUUUCAACCUGGACUGGGUACUGGUCCAGGUGGAGGAGGAUAUGGUGGACAAGGACCCGGGGGAUUAGGACCUGGAGGUGUAGGACCAGGAGGCAUUAGACCUGGUGGAGUUGGACCAGGCGGAUUUGGCCAAGGAGGAGUCGGACCAGGAGGAGUCGGCCAAGGCGGAGUUGGACCAGGCGGAGUCGGACCAGGAGGAGUUGGACCAGGCGGAGUCGGACCAGGAGGAGUUGGACCAGGAGGAGUUGGACCAGGAGGAGUCGGACCAGGGGGUUUUGGACCAGGCGGAGUUGGACCAGGCGGAGUUGGACCAGGCGGAUUUGGCCCAGGAGGAGUUGGACCAGGAGGAGUUGGCCCAGGAGGAGUCGGACCAGGGGGUUUUGGACCUGGAGGAGUUGGACCUGGAGGAGUUGGACCAGGAGGAGUUGGACCUGGAGGUUUGAGGCCUGGCACUUUUGGUCUAGGCAGUGGUGGACUGGGAGUGGUGCCUGGUGCUGGUGGGAAACCUCCUAAAACAGGCACCGGCUAUGGUGGGCUUGGGACAGGACAGGGAAGUACCGGCGUAGGAGGGGGACAAAGACCAGGAGGAGCAGGGACUGGUUUUGGACCUGGUGGUGUUGGUCCUGGUGGUUUUGGGCAAGUUGGCACUGGUCCAGGUGGCCAAGGUACCAGGUAUGGAGGCCUUGGAGCAGGAGGUUUGGGUGGAGGAGCUCUUGGAGCAGGAGGCGUUGGUACGGUGGCAGGUCAGGGAGCUGGAACAGGCUACACACCUGGAGGUGGCUAUGGGGGAUAUGGUGGUGGUUAUGGACCCAAACCCCCUAAAACAGGUGGUGCUGGAACAUCUCUUGGAGGAACCGUUUAUGGGCCUGGUGGAACUGGGUUUAGACCUGGGGGUACAGGGGGUGGACCUGGUGGAACUGGACAAGUUCCCGGGGGAACAGGAUUUGGUCCUGGGGGUACAGGGUUUGGACCAGGUGGAACUGGACAAGUUCCCGGGGGAACAGGAUUUGGUCCUGGUGGUACGGGAGUUGGACCCAGUGGAACUGGACAAGUUCCUGGGGGAACAGGAUUCGGUCCUGGUGGUACAGGGUUUGGACCUGGUGGAACUGGACAAGUUCCCGGGGGAACAGGAUUCGGUCCUGGUGGUAGGGGGGUUGGACCCGGUGGAACUGGACAAGUUCCUGGGGGAACAGGAUUUGGUCCUGGUGGCACAGGGUUUGGACCUGGUGGAACUGGACAAGUUCCUGGGGGAACAGGAUUUGGUCCUGGUGGCACAGGGUUUGGACCUGGUGGAACUGGACAAGUUCCUGGGGGAACAGGAUUUGGUCCUGGUGGUACAGGGUUUGGACCUGGUGGAACUGGACAAGUUCCUGGGGGAACAGGAUUCGGUCCUGGUGGUAGGGGGGUUGGACCCGGUGGAACUGGACAAGUUCCUGGGGGAACAGGAUUCGGUCCUGGGGGUACAGGGUUUGGACCUGGUGGAACUGGACAAGUUCCUGGGGGAACAGGAUUUGGUCCUGGUGGUACGGGGGUUGGACCAGGUGGAACUGGACAAGUUCCUGGGGGAACAGGAUUUGGUCCUGGUGGUACAGGGGUUGGACCUGGUGGAACUGGACAAGUUCCUGGGGGAACAGGAUUUGGUCCAGGUGGUACGGGGGUUGGACCCGGUGGAACUGGAAUUGGUCCUGGUGGAGCUGUUCCAGGCGGAGGAGCUCCAACGUUGCCUCAGACUGGUUUAGGACCUGGAGGAAAGAGUGGUGGUAAAGCAUACAAACAAGUCCCAGGCAUUGGAGUACCUGGACUUUAUCAGGGUGGAUUUGUACCAGGUCAAGGCUUUGGGGGACGAGGUGUUCUCCCUGGAGUAGCAACAGGAUCUGGAAUCGGGCCUCAAACUGGGACUGGAGUACUUGGUCAAGGCGGCGUAGGACAAGUAGGCAAUGGUCGUGGCCAAACAUUAUCUGGAGUUUUUCAUGGUUACCCUCUAAUAUCACCGAAAUCAGGGACAGGGAAAUCAAAGAAAUCAGGCAAAGCUGCAGCCAAAUAUGGUGGUGCUGGAGCCGGAGGAGGUUCUUUUGGUCAGGGAAGCACCUUAGGCACUGGAAGGGUUCCUGGAGGAGGAGGAGGAGGAGGAGUCAUCCCAGGGGCAGGAGGUGGAACUGGAACAGGAGGCGGACCUGGAUUUGGAGGUGGCAUUGGUACGGGUGGUGGACCUGGAGUGGGAACAGGAGUUGGACCUGGAUUUGGUGGAGGAGUUGGAACAGGUGCAGGCAGCAGCAUACCUGGUUCAGGUUAUGGUCCUGGGUCAGCCAAGGCACGAAAAUAUGGUGGUGUAGUUCCUGGUGCCGGCACAGGAGGGGGGACUCUAGGAGGACUUGGCCAAGGUACAGGGUUGGGACCUGGCUCGGGGCUUGGUUUUGGCCCAGGUGGUGCUGGUACUGGAUAUGGACCAGGUGGAGUCGGACCAGGUGGAGUCGGACAAGGUGGAGUCGGACCAGGUGGUGUCGGCCCGGGAUACGGACCAGGUGGUGCAGGAACUGGAUAUGGACCAGGUGGAGUCAGGCCAGGUGGUGUUGGCCCUGGAUAUGGUCCAGGUGGUGUUGGGCCAGGGGGUGUCGGCACUGGAUAUGGUCCAGGUGGUUUUGGACCAGGGGGUGUCGGCACUGGAUAUGGACCUGGAGGAGUGGGACCUGGCGGUGUUGGACCAGGUGGAGUUGGCCCUGGGACAGGAAGAACAGGAACUGGACCUGGGGGAUAUGAUGCCAGCGCCAAAGCUCGUAAAUAUGGCAUGUUAAGUGGAGCACUUGGGGGACCAGGAUUGGGACCAGGUGGUGUUGGCACCGGAUAUGGACCAGGUGGUGUCGGACCAGGCGGAGUGGGCCCUGGAUAUGGACCAGGUGGUGUCGGACCAGGCGGAGUGGGCCCUGGAUAUGGACCAGGUGGUGUCGGACCAGGUGGAGUGGGCACUGGAUAUGGACCAGGUGGUGUCGGACCAGGCGGAGUUGGCCCUGGAUAUGGACCAGGUGGUGUCGGACCAGGCGGAGUGGGCCCUGGAUAUGGACCAGGUGGUGUCGGACCAGGUGGAGUGGGCACUGGAUAUGGACCAGGUGGUGUCGGACCAGGCGGAGUUGGCCCUGGAUAUGGACCAGGUGGUGUCGGACCAGGCGGAGUUGGCCCUGGAUAUGGACCAGGUGGUGUCGGACCAGGCGGAGUUGGCCCUGGUGGGGCUGGUGUCGGACCAGGCGGAGUUGGCCCUGGUGGGGCUGGUACAGGCUAUGGGCCUGGCGGAGUCGGAACAGGUGGAGGUGGCACUGGAUAUGGACCAGGAGGAUAUGCAGGUGCCAAAGCACGUAAAUAUGGAGUCCCUGGAGGUGUGGGAGGUACCCUGGGGGCAGGAGGACGUGGGGUUGGAACUGGUCCUGGGUCUGGACUUGGAGUAGGUGGAGGGAUUCCUGGACGAGGUGGCGUGACAACUGGGGGUGGGCCUGGAUCAGGACUUGGGAUAGCAGGAACACCUGGUUCUGGUAUUGGAACAGGAGGUGGACCAGGUGGCUUUGGGCCAGGCACUGCUGGAGGAUAUCCUGGCGGUGCAAAGUCUCUCAAAUAUGGACUUCCUGGUGGAGCAGCAGCUCCUGGAUCUGGAUUUGGGGGUCAAGGGACUGGAGGAGCUCUUGGCGCUGACAGAAGAUAUGGACCUGGAAGUGGCUCAGUAGCUGGGACUGGUUCUGUACCAGGAGGAGGAUAUGGCGUAGGCCCAGGAACUGGAUAUGGAACAGGUUAUGGGUCAAAACCUUCUAAAUAUGGUCAGGUUGGAGCAGGUGGUGGCGGGGUUCUUGGAGGGGGAGCAGGACGAGGUGGUGGCUAUGGACCAGGUGGCUUUGGUCCUGGAUCUGGAGGUCCAGGUGUUAAUAUACCUGGUUCAGGAACAGGAACCAGUGUUGCAGCAAAUGGGACCAUCAGCACCGGCGGUGCAGGGACAACAUCGCGACCUGGUGGAUCAGAAAGACGACCUGGAGGUCCAGUUGGCACACCAGCACCAGGAACAGAUGGUGACGGUGGUGGUUCAACUGGGUUGGAGGGCUCAGGAAUUCCUGGAGGAGAUGGUGGUACUGGUGUAGGUGGCAGACCAGUAGGAGGGGACGGAGUUGGUGUAAAUGGAACAGGUAUCCCCAUCAUUGGAGCAAUACCAGGAUUUAAUGGGACCACAAUUCCAGGUUCAACAGGAGCUCCCCCUGUGGGUGGUGCAGCUGUACAAACAGCAGGAGGAACAGGAGUUGGUGGAACUGGAGUCCCCCCUAGAGGUUCUGGUGGUGAUCUUUCAGGGGGAGGACUCCCACAAGCCCAACCCCUCAAACCUCCAGGUGUCCCUAGAGGUGACACACCAGGUGAGGGAGAUGGGGAAGGGGGGCCUGAUGGAGAAAGAGACGGUAGAGGAAGCAGUGCUGGAAGGCCAGGAGGAGUUGGAGGGAGCCCGACCGAUCGUGGGGGAACGGGAGACGUUUCUGGCAGACAAACAGGAGUGGGUAGAGGGGACACUCCAGCCACUGGAACUGGAAUCGGACCAGGACGAUCACCUGGCGCAGUCGGAGGAACAGCAAAACCACCUAAAGAAUACGGACGAGAUGGGGGUCUAACAGGGGGUGCAGGUGUUGGACCAGGUGGUGUCGGUGGGGUGGCAGGAGGAGGAGUUCAAAGGGGGACAGGCCCUGGAGGCACAGGGUUAGGACCUGCAACCGGUGGUGCUGGUGGAAUAGGAACAGGAGUUGCAAAACCUGGAAAAACCUACAGUCCAGCUGGAGUUUUACCAGGUGGAGGUCUACGCUACCCCAGUACCGGUUCUGGCGGCUAUGGUACAGUUCAAGGAGGUUAUGGUGUGGGUCCAGGCAGCUAUGGUACUGGGCCUGGUGGAUUUGGAACUGGACCUGGGGGCUAUGGAAGGCCCAGUGGCGGACCUAGCAGUGUUGGGACUCUUGGGGUCGGAACGGGUCCCGGAGGUGUAGCGCCAGGCCCAGGUAGAGUCAGCGUUCUACUGGGAGGAUAUGGUGGUGGUGUAGGACCUGAUGGUUCUAGAUAUGGCACCGGUCCUGGAUCCAGCAAACCGGGGAAAAGUUAUGGAGCAGGAGGUGGACUCGGCAGCUAUGGAACUGGCUCAGGAGGAGUUGGUCCAGGUGGUUUGGUGCCUGGUGGUGGUUACGGACCCAGUGGUACCGGUCAAGCUGGAGUUGGACCUGGUGCUGCUGGCACAGGAUUGGGAGGUCUAGGAACUAGACCAGGCACCUUUGGACCUGGUGGAGUCGGGUCUGUUCCUGGUGUUUACACAGCUGGGGGUCAAGGCCUGGGAACAAGAAAACCAUCAAAAACAGGCUAUGGAUCAUCAUUGGGUGGAGCUGGAUAUGGACAAGGUGCAGGAGUUGGAGCCGGUGGAGCAGGCACUGGACCUGGAAGAUAUGGACCAGGAGGUGCCGGCACAGGAACUGGGGGUUUUGGUCCAGGUGGUGCAGGCACAGGAACUGGGGGCUUUGGACCAGGAGGUGCCGGGACCGGAACUGGAGGCUUCAGACCAGGCGGUGCUGGGACUGGAACUGGGGGCUUUGGUCCAGGUGGUGCAGGCACAGGAACUGGGGGCUUUGGACCAGGUGGUGCAGGCACAGGAACUGGGGGCUUUGGUCCAGGUGGUGCAGGCACAGGAACUGGGGGCUUUGGACCAGGUGGUGCCGGCACAGGAACUGGGGGCUUUGGACCAGGAGGUGCUGGCACAGGAACUGGAGGGUAUGGAACAGGGAGCCAAAGUUUAGGAAAAAGAAAGCCUUAUAAAUAUGGGGCUGGCACAGGAACUGGAGGUUUUGGACCAGGUGGUGCCGGCACGGGAACUGGGGGCUUUGGACCAGGUGGUGCCGGCACGGGAACUGGGGGCUUUGGACCAGGUGGUGCCGGCACAGGAACCGGGGGCUUUGGACCAGGAGGUGCCGGCACAGGAACCGGGGGCUUUGGACCAGGUGGUGCCGGCACAGGAACUGGGGGCUUUGGACCAGGUGGUGCCGGCACGGGAACUGGGGGCUUUGGACCAGGUGGUGCCGGCAUAGGAACCGGGGGCUUUGGACCAGGUGGUGCCGGCACGGGAACCGGGGGCUUUGGACCAGGUGGUGCCGGCACAGGAACUGGGGGCUUUGGACCAGGUGGUGCCGGCACGGGAACUGGGGGCUUUGGACCAGGAGGUGCCGGCACAGGAACCGGAGGCUUUGGACCAGGUGGUGCCGGCACAGGAACUGGGGGCUUUGGACCAGGUGGUGCCGGCACGGGAACUGGGGGCUUUGGACCAGGUGGUGCUAGCAUAGGAACUGGGGGCUUUGGUCCAGGUGGUGCUGGCACGGGAACCGGGGGCUUUGGACCAGGUGGUGCCGGCAGAGGAACUGGAGGCUUUGGACCAGGUGGCCAAGGAUUAGGAAAAAGGAAGCCUUCUAAAUCUGGUUAUGGAGGAGCAGGUUAUGGAGCAGGAAGUUCAGGAGGAGCUGGUCUUGGUGGAACUGGAGCUAGACCUGGUAGUUUUGGUCCGGGAGGAUAUGGCCCAGAUGGAACUGGGACAGGCCCUUCUGUUUAUGGCACUGGGGGUGCUGGAUCCACUGGCAUUGGUCCAGGAGGGACUGGAGCUGGAAGCUUUGGUCCAGGAGGGACUGGAGCUGGAGGUUUUGGACCUGGUGGCCAAACACUUGGAUCAAGAAAGCCCCCUAAGUCUGGUUAUGGCUCAUCUUUAGGGGGAACUGGCUACGGACAAGGAGUUGGAAGCCGUCCCGGUACAGGAACAGGAGGAUUUGUAGGAGGUGGACGAGGUACUGCAGCCGGAGGGACAGGAGGUCUGGGAGGAACGGGUCAAACUGUUGGAGGAGCAGCCGGUCAACCAGGAGGGGGCGCUGGUACAGGAUAUGGCGGAGUGGCAGGAGGAGGCUAUCCAGGAUAUGCAGGGACUGGACAAAAAUCCAAAGCACAGAAGGCAGCCAAAUAUGCAGCCAUGCAGGCAUUACUUGGAGCCGGAGGCUAUAGAGGUGGAGGCUGUCAGGGUAACUACUGUGGUCGAAGGAGGAAGUGAGAGACUGACAGACAGGAAGUGACCUCAUUGAAACAACAGUGGUGCUAUAGCAUGAUUACAGCUUGUGAAUGUCUUACCUGACUUAGAAACUAGACUUAACACAUUCCAAACGCAACGUUUUUUUAUUGAUUUUGAACAUAAGAACCGGUUCUCAACCUGGCAGGACCCUAAUUUCUAAAAAGAAAUUUGUUGUAAAGUAAACGCCAUGAGGACCAAACUGCUUUGUGUUCAGUUCAACUAUGUGUUUGAUUAGUUUUCAUUACAUUUCUACAUGAUAAGAACAGUGGUUAGAGAAUGCAAGAGGGACAAGAGACUCAUUUGUCCAACAACUGCAGUAAAGGCAAUGAAACAGUUGUUUAUUAAAACCUGUCCUCAAAUCUUGUCAUGUCCUCUCUGUGAAGGUUGAGAACCCUAAAUUGUAUUUUAUCAAUAGGCCCAAGCUGUUUACUGUGCUGUUUUGCUCAUAGAUGCUGUGUCAGAUAAUAACUGCAAUACUGUGCAAGAGUCACAAUUAAUCUUCUGGGCUGAGACUGAUGCCAAGGACUCCCUUUAGGGCAACUCCUUCAGACCUGUCUGCAUGCUGACGCACUGAUACUAUUCAAUUAAAUUGCCUUAAUACAUUUACACUGAAUGUAGCUUCAAAUUGAUCAGUGUUUUUACCUGCGUCUUUGUUUUAGCCUUCUCGUCAAAACCCAAACACUUGGACUGUUUUUCAAACUUUAAAAGGAUAAAGUACGGACAUCGCUGUUCUUUUUGGGGAAGGAUGAACAACAGCUUUAAAAGGUCUGCUGUUUUGAACCUCUCCUACUCCGUUAUCAUUGAAAUGCUUUUUGCUCAUAUGUCACUGUACUCAGACCUCAGGAUCUGCAGUUUUUAACACUUUAUACGUAGUCACAAGUGGAAUGCUAAAUACCAAAGGAUUUUUACUGUAAAAUUCUGGUUAAUAUAUUUUAUCUGCGCUGUAAGGAUGUUGUUUUGAGAGUACAAUGUGACUUUCUUUCAGAUUACGUAUGUGACAUUGCUAAAAUCUAAAUCCAAAAAUGAAAUAGAGGAAAAUGACAAUGUUUUGAUUACUGUUUUCUUCUUGUCUUGUACCUUUAUAAGCACUGUUGAAAGAAAAAUUGCUCACAUUUACUAGAAUUUUUAAAUUAUGUUAAGAAAUGUAUUUAGUCUCAUUUUUUUAAAUGUGUCACCUUAUUUUACUUACUUAUAUGUUGUGAGUGGGUGUUCUGAAAAGUACUUAUUAGACAGAAGCGCUUUGUUUUCUACAUUGUCCUUAGAUGUGAUACGAAUCAUGGUGAUGUGAGAGGAUAAGAAAGCAUGUAACUAUCUUAAUGUAAAUGAGCUUGCCUUUGUCUCUCUAUUCUGUCAACAUGUUUUUAACAUAUUUUUUUGUAUUGCCUAUGAGGGAAAACUAUGCGCUUUUGUACAUUUGUUUAAGAAGUAAAGAGGAAGAACAUUGAAACUUG